UGAAUUCCCACAGUUCCAUAUUGAACAACCUGUGCAUCGGUUGGGUUUUGCGGCUGCGAAAGAACUCUCCUCAUUUUUUGAUUAAAACCAUUGGUCUGGUUGUGCGCGACUUCAGUUAGCAAACGAUCGUACAACGGAUACCUUCGAAAGGAACCCAGAGCUCCAUUCAACACGGUCUCAAAGUACAAUCGAUUUAUGUUGUGAAAUUUAAGUCAAGACCUUAUUUUGAUAUGUUUCAUACUAUGCUACGGAAGCAUUAAAAGUUUUUUGUUUCUUUUUUUUAUGAAAUUUUAAGUGCGAAAUAAAAUUGUUCACAUUCACGAAUGCAAAAGUGACAAUUACACAAUAAGUUGAGUUAUAUCGUUUUGUAGUUUUGUUUGACAACCAAUUUCAAGUUCAAUAUAAGGAAAACGAAAGCAGUUGCGGGCGCCUGCUACCAAAUAUAACGCAGUGAAUUGAAUGUUAAGUGCUUUUGUACGGCCCGUGCGCGCGCAACGGAAGCCGGACUUGAUGUAUGGCAUAGCCAUUCAGUAGUCGCCAACCUGUUGUUUGUUAGCAUAAAAGCAAGUACUCUUAUGGUGAACCGUAGUAGCUAGUAUUGCAAAACGAACGUACUUAUACUAUCCAUAAAGUGUAAAGUGGUUUGUCUGAGUGCGGGAACACUUUUUGGAUAACACCAAACAAGGGCUAGACAACAUAAAAGCCAGCUGCAAAAACAAUUUGACAAGAUACAUUCGAUUGUGUGCAAGUGUCAAGCAAGACUGCAAAACGGUGGUUUAGUGGCGUUGUACAUUUCGCAACACUUUCAACUGGUCGUAAAUUCAUUAACAACGCCGUGGGUAAUUUUGUGUGAACGAACGAAAUUAUUUAACCGGGUCAAUUACUUUCGUUUUCACAGUAAAAAAGACGUGUCUAAACAAAACAAACAAACCCGCUGCAAGCAUUUUUUUUUUUUUUCAAAAAGUCAAAAUUUUACCCAGAAGGAAGACGCCAAUACUUUGACAGAUAGCCAACGGCUAACAGCGCACAGCAAGACACCUGCUGCUGUAUAAAGUACAAGCGUGAGAAACGAAGAGUACAAGACAGUGCUCUUUUGUGCAAUAGUGCAGCCGUUGCAUAAUGACAGUGACAGCUUUAACAAGUGAUAUACAGCUGUAAUUAAGUUAUUGAAAAUCGAUUUCAAUUAACAUCGUGUUUGUUUUGAAUUCGCCCGCAGAGAGGCGCUACGAAGAAGAAAAAGCCACACCAUAAUCAUCAUCAACAACAAAUACCUUCCCAACAAUAUUCACAUAGUGUGGAAGGAAGGAAGUUUUCGCGUCGUCGCGUCACAUCGCAUGCAUGCGCGCAUCGAAAAUUGCGCCAUCUCUAUGUUGUGUGUAGUAACAUUGUUGUUAAAUCUUGAGAAUUUAUUGUCCAUAAAAUAACGGUGUUGUUGCUUGUUCGGGUUAACAAGGUAAUAAUUCUUUGUUUGUUACUCGCUAGCACUGUUUGUGAUGUUUGUGUUUAAUUUGACAGUGUAAACGGCGCUUUAAGAUUGUUCACAUGCACACACAUAGAGCGUGUAGAUUGUGUUUAAUAGAGGACGUAUUUUUGUGUGUCUGACAUUUUGUUAACAUUAAUUUGUCGGUUUUAUGUAGACAAUAAAAACAAUAACAAAAUAAACAAAAAAAAAACAACUUAAAAUUGAUUUCGGUUUGGAAAUGGUGUACAUUAGGAUAAUUACUACAAGCAAUUAUGACACAUUUGAAUAGAAUUCGAGUUGUUGUGCUUGGUGGAUCCAAAGUAGGAAAAUCCGCUGUCACUGUGAGAUAUUUGACGAAGCGGUAUAUUGGUGAAUACAGUUCAACUGGUGAUUUUCUCUAUCGGCACAGUGUAACUUUUGACAGUGUAACAACUGAAGUGGAAAUCAUGGACACAUCGAAAUGCGCGUUUUUGGUUUACUUAAAGCAAGCGACCUGCCUUUACGAACACAUCCGGUGGGGGGAUGCGUUCGUUAUAGUUUAUUCAAUUUGCGACAAGCCGAGUUUUUCCAAUGCCGAAGGCUGCUUAGAACAACUUGCCAAGCUCAAAUUGCCAUCCUAUUAUACUACCCUGCUGCUGGGAAAUAAACGAGAUUUAGAUCAUGCCAGAAAAAUUUCUGUUAACGAUGGACACGAGCUAUCACUAAAGUAUUCCUGUCAAUUCUAUGAAGUGUCAGCUGCUGAGAGUUUUGCCGGGGUAUCGUUGGCUUUUCAAUCCAUGUUACGUGAAGCUAGGUCCAUUCAAUUGCUGAAAUCCCUACCGAUGAGACGAAAACUCGGAGUGAAUAGUGUGUCCAAAUAUUUUCGUCAUUCUGAUUUUGUCUUUCAGGUUUUAGGCAAUAUUUUUGGUAAAAACAGCAAAGACAAAAGAAAACGUCCAUCUCUUAGUAUAUAAAUUAAUAUAAAAUUAAGUUUAAAAUAAAAUUCAGAAAUAAUGAGAUUUUGAGUUUUAUAAUAACACAGCAUUUUAAAAAGUUCCAUUUAUAUUUUAAGUUUUAUUGUAUUUUAAAUAUCGACUUCAUUUUAUAAAGACAAACCAUCAAUGCCAUAUUUUUUAAGUUUUUUU